AUGAAUAUUAAUGUAAAAACAUUUAAUACAUGCUUUGAUAACAUAAACUUGAAUUUAGCGAAUUUAAAAAACAAAAAUUUUAAAAAUGGACCUGAUUUUUCCUUUUUCUAUGAAUAUGCACAUGAUAAGACAAUUCUUUCUCUUUCCAUAGAUGAAAGCGGAACUUAUAUGGCCACAGGAAGUGCUGACCAUUCCAUACGAAUACACAACCUAAAAAAAUUGUUAACGGAAAAAGAACUUUAUCAUAAAAAAUGCGGUCAUUUUGAUUGGGUAAAUAAAGUAUUUUUUACAAAAAGGAAUGAAAUCCUUUCAGGUGGAUUAGAUGGAAAAUUGUGUUUGUGGAAUACCACAUAUGCAUGCAAAGCUCCAAAAGUAAAUAAAAUUAUGAAUUGUUCAGAAUAUAUAAAACAAGAAAAAAAAGUUAAAGAAAUAAAAUUUAAAGCAUCUAGCAAUACAAUUACAUGUAAAGAAAUAUGCGCACAUCAUUCAACAAUUAGUGAUAUGAAAUUUAAUAAACAAAACGAAAAAUGUAUUACUAGUAGUUAUGAUAAAACAUUAAAAAUUUUUGAUAUAAAAAAAUUUCGUGAACUAGCCAUAUAUAAAGGUAGUCAUUCAUAUCCAAUAACUAGCUUUUUGUGGUUGCAAAAUAAAAUUAUAUCUGCUGAUAAAAAUGGCACUAUAUGUGUUUUUGAUGUAGAAACUUCACAAGAAAUCCUAAACGCUCCAAAUACACACACUGGCAAUGUAGGUGCUUUAAACUAUUUUUAUUUAUAUAAGAACGGCUGUGAAGAUAUUAAUGCCCGUGUAAUGUCUGAUCAGUCUGAAAUGUUUGAUAAAUCUGAAGCAUUUGAUGGAGAUAAAAAUGAAUCACAUCCACUAAAAAUCGAAGAUAAAUAUAACAAAAAAAAAUUUAAUAAAAGCGAACAAAAAAGAGAAAGAUUAUGGAAAGAAAAAAAUGUCAAUAUUAUAAAUUCAGAUAAUUUAUUUUAUAAUAAUAAUUUAAACAAUGAUAAAAUUCCUUUAAUAAUAACAGGAGGGCAACGAGAUGGUGUAAUUAAAAUUAGAGAUUUUCGAAUUUUCCAUAAAUAUGUUAGUUGCAAAAAAAUGCACACUGGCAGUAUUAAUUGUAUUAUAACAUAUAAUUUAAAAAAUCAAACUUAUAUUAUUUCAUGUUCAGCUGAUGGUUAUUGUUAUCAAUUUGAAAUUCAAGGAAUAUGUUCUAGUUUGAAUAAUUAUUUAAAAAAGGUAUAUAUAAAUGAACCUAUAUUGUCAGCAAAAUAUAUUGGAAAUCAUUUAAUUUUAGUUGGAACCGCUUUUGGAAAUUUAUUUCUAUUAAAUUUUUCUGAUUGCUCAAAAAAUGAAUUAACAAAACAAGAAAAACAAAUUUUAAAUGCAAGUAAUGAAUUAAAUACAGAUAAUAAUUUUCAUGUAAUUGAAAAAAACAAUAAUCAAUAUAACAAAACAAACGAUGAUAUAUUAUGGGGUUUUGGAGGGUGUAAAAAAGGAGGAAUUAAUUGUAUAGAAUGUAUUUAUAUAUAUAAUUCCAAAAAUAUAAAUCCAAAUGAAGUAGAAAUUUGCAAUAUUAUAAUAGGUGGAGAUGAUGGCAUUCCCUGUUUAUUGUCUAUUCCGAAUUCAUUUAUCUGA